CGGCCAGCCCUCCCUCUCUCCUCUGCCAAGAACCUCUGUCACCUGCCCUCACAGGAGCUUGGGAAGCUGCACUGGAAGGAAGGGGCAGAGAGAUUAUUUUUUUUUUAUUUAUUUUUAGAUUGGAGGGAUAAGGUGGGUUCCUGUCAAACUCUUCACCUGACAGAUUGGGGUAGCGGAGCUGUGAUCCCAGCCAAAGCACUUUGCUGCAGAAAGCAGAAGGGGUCUUGGUCUUGGUGGAGAAUGGCAGCAGGAGUGAUCUAGGAGGGCACUGAUAACUGCGCAGAGACGUGAAGGAGACCAGAAAACUGAAAGACACAACAGAGGGUUCUCAGCAGCGCUGCGUGUCCUGAGAGCAAUAUGAGCCUCAAGGGAUCUAUCAGCAGUAACCCUGGCUCUGCAAAUGGCAGCAUGGGCAAAGCAGAUGGAGCUUCCAAACUGAGUGCAAAAGAUUUAUAUGAGCAAAGGAAAAAAUACUCCAACUCCAAUGUCAUCAUGCAUGAGACUUCACAGUACCAUGUACAGCACUUAGCCACAUUCAUCAUGGAUAAGAGUGAGUCCAUUGUAACAGUGGAUGACGCCGUCCGGAAACUGAUGUUGCUUAGUUCUAAAGAGAAGAUCUGGACCCAGGAGAUGCUGCUGCAGGUGAACGACAAGGCUAUCCGGCUGCUGGACUGUGAGUCACAGGAGGAGCUAGAGGACUUCCCUCUCCCAACUGUCCAGCACUGCCAAACAGUGCUGAAUCAGAUGCGGUAUCCCUCCAUCCUUCUGCUGGUGUGUCAAGACUCUGAGCAGCACAAGCCUGACAUUCACUUCUUCAACUGCGAUGAGGUUGAGGCGGAGAUGGUCCAUGAGGACAUAGAAAGCGCACUUGCAGACCACAAGCAUGGAAAGAAGAUACGGCCACAGACACUCAAGGUAAACCAAGAGAAAAUAAAGCAGAGACAAUCGAUUCUCCCACUGCCCCAGGGACCAGCGCCUAUUCCAAUCCAGCACGAGAUGCGAGGCUCGCCAAGGAACCGGGUGGCUGCCCCAUCCCAGCAUAAUGAACCAGAAUAUGACCGACGAAGCUCCACCUCCCACGACCACGAAGAAUCCCGAGCAAUCUUAGCACAGAAGAUCGAAAAAGAAACGCAAAUCCUGAAUUGCACUCUGGAUGACAUUGAAGUGUUUGUUGCCAGGCUUCAGAAAGCAGCAGAGGCAUUCAAACAGUUGAACCAAAGGAAAAAAGGAAAGAAGAGCAAAAAGAAAGGGCCAGCAGAGGGAGUGCUGACACUUCGAGCAAGACCUCCAAAUGAGGCCGAAUUCCUUGACUGCUUCCAGAAAACCAAACUGGCUCUCAACCUUCUGGCCAAGCUGAGAAAGCACAUCCAGAACCCCAGUGCUUCAGAACUAGUGCAUUUCCUGUUUGGGCCGCUGGAACUGAUUGUCAAUACCUGUGGUGGCCCUGACCUUGCCAGGUCAGUCCUUAGCCCACUUCUAUCUAAAGACACCACAGAUUUCCUGAAGGCACACCUGACACUAAAAGAGAUGACACUCUGGGAGUCCCUAGGAGAGACAUGGACCAGAUCCAGGGCGGAAUGGCCUCGAGAAGCCAACGUCCCAAGCUACAUCCCAAAGUUCCGCAAUGGAUGGGAGCCCCCUGUGGAAAUCUUUCGUGGAGCCCCUUGGGAAAUAGACAUUGGACACCUACAAGAAGAGCUAUCAUCAGCCAAUGGAUACCCCUAUCGUAAUUCCUCACUCAAGCGUGGCCAGUCAGCUGAUGCAACGCAAGCUGUGGAUGCCUUUAAACAGGGUGUUACUCAACAUGUAAAUAGGAAUUUUGAGGCACAGGGGAUGGCUGCACCAAAGAGAUAUGCCAAAAUCCGCUAUGAUUUCACUGCUCGAAAUGCCAAUGAACUCUCUGUGAUGAAGGAUGAAAUCCUGGAGGUCUUGGAAGAUGAUAAGCAGUGGUGGAGAUUGUUAAACCGGAGUGGGCAGGCUGGCUAUGUCCCAUAUAACAUCCUGGAUGUGGUGAAACUGGAAGAUAUGGAAGAGCUCUAUAAUCAGUCUAAUCCGAAGUACAAAGGCGACUUGAGUCCGAGAGGAAUUGGGCCCUCCAGUCCUACUCACAAGCUACCUGUCAGCUAUGCUGGUGAUAAGUGGGGAAGUGAAAUGUUAGCCCGGAACUCUUCUCCAGAUGCCAAAGAACAAAUGAUUCACCAUAUGGAUGAGGUGAAUGAUGAGCUACUAAAGAAGAUUACAAAUAUUAAAAUCCAGCCUCCCCAGAGACACUUCAGAGUGGAGAAGAGUCAACAAGCUCUCGUGCCCCUAACAUUCGAGUCCAGCACUGAAGAAGUCAAAGCUUGGCUGGAAGCAAAAUCAUUCAGCAAAGGGACUGUUGAACACCUUGGCAUACUGACUGGAGCCCAGCUUUUCUCCCUGAACAGGGAUGAGCUGAAGAAAGUGUGUGGAGAAGAAGGAGCGAGGGUGUAUAGUAAAAUUACAGUGGAAAAAACUUUCCUGGAGAAAAGCAGAGGGGAGUCAGAGCUGCAGGAAAUUAUGAAACGUCGCCAGGAGAGAAUUGAUUCUGGAAUUUAAAGUUCUAUCUGCUUUCUUCAGCUAUUAGUCCUAGUAGUACAGAAAAAGGGAAUAAGAGCAAUGAGCCCUGACCCAGACAAGAGAUGACAGAGAUCAACCACCUUGCAAUGUAAUUGCCAUCAAAGCAACACUUCCAUGGACACUGUUGUUAAGGAGGAUACUCACUCACCAAGAUGCUAUCUCAUUGGGAGAGAAAUUUUAGUAUUGCAUGAAGUAUUAUUUUUAUAGCUAUAUAUUUUAUACUGAAAUUUUAUGUGCAUGCAGUCCAGAACGUGAGCAGGAUCAAGAGUCAUUCACGUGAUCCUGAAUGUAACGGCACAAGGCUGGAUUUCAGCAAGCAAUGCACCCUGUGACGUACUGCUGUAUGGUCCACCAGUGAUCUGAUAAGGAGAGGGCAACUAGAAAUAAUGCUCAGAACAAGCAAUGCUUAAGAGUGUCUGUACCAGACUAGUAGAAGACUAGACGCCCUUUCCCCCCACCCACUUCCUCUCCUCCCCCACACUGCCUUUUGUGACAGAUGUAUUAAGCAAUGUAUCCUAUCCAGUGGCAAUUAUGUUUCCUUCUUCUGUUCCACCUCAGUGUCUUUUCAAGGCCUUAAAAUAUUUUAAGUAAGGACUGGGCCUGUUAUUACAUGACUUUACUGUGUAGUGCAACUAUUGUAGGCUGGGACUUCCUCUUUAAGCACACACACAGGGCUGUUGCUUUCUUUGAGAAGCAGACAAGGGCUUUAACUAGCAAGAUCAGAACAAGUACCAACCUGAAAUUAUUUGAAAUCUCCAAUGGCAAGUCCUGUCUGACUGCAUCAGUCUACACAGUGGAUAGUCAUGGAUAAGACCUUAAGGGAUCUUCAGCAAUGACUAAGCACUGAUCCCCUACUGGCAAACUGCAGUGUUGCCAAACCCAAGACUUCACCAAUCAGAAGUUAAGCCUAUAAAACAUGCUCCUGACCCAAAACGCACACAACACCCUUCCCAAUGUAUGCACUCACAGGCCCUGCUUUAAAGUUAUUAUAAUGAUCUUGUAAAUAGCAAUCUGAACAGUAAACAUCUAGGAAGUUUAAUGCAAGUGGAAAAGGCCAUAUAAUAUGCUGUUUAAAAAUGAAAAAUAUUUUGAAAACAAGUCUGAAAACCUACUUAAUCGGGUCAGUGCCUUUGUUAAUAUGUCAUUUCUGUUUUUCCUAAUACCAUUAUAAACACUUACAUCAUCUAUGGUGUUCAAGAUUUAAGCAUGAAGACAUGAUGCCUAGUGAAAGGAGUAAGAUCUGGUAAUUGUGCAGUUGUAAUUUACACUCAAAAAGUCAGAACAAGUAUAGCAGGGGUGGUCAACCUGCGGCUCCAGAGCCUCUUCAGAAGUUAAUAUGCAUCUCCUUGAAUCUUUGCACAAGCACACGGUGAUCAGCUUCCUUAGCCAUUACGUCACAUCAUGUGACACGACUGCUUGCAGCAAGCACAUUACUCAGUUUAGACUCGGAAGUUUGGACUCCAGAGCUGCGGGUUGGCCACCUGCAUUGGCGAUGCAUAGGGGUUGCAUGCGGGUGCACCUGCACCCCCUGAGCUUGGCGGUGCACCCCUGCCAAAAGUGCCGCUGAUGCUGCUGGUGGUACCUGCAGGCGAUCGCCACUCUCCACCCCUCACCCCCCUUGCUGCUGACACUGCUGGUGGUAUCUGCGGGUGGUCACCAACCACCAGUCGGCGCUCGCUACCCCCACCCCGCUGCUGACACUGCUGUGGCUGCCCGUGGGAGCUCCCACCUCUGCCGCCAACACCACCUGUGGGCAGUUGCCGUGCCCACCCCCCAGCCUCUGGGGGCAUGCAGCGUUCAUGGCCACCCCUGUAGUAUAGGGUCCGUCUCAUGGAUUUUACUGUGCACAGCAAAACUGGCAUAUUUUCAGUUGACAGAUCAUAGACAUAUGUGUUUAUUCUUAGACCAGCCUGAUGGAAUGGGCAAGGCAAACAUAUUGAUGGGAAUUGCUUGCUGUCUGAGAUGGUAGUAACUUUGAGGUGUUCUUUUAUUUAUGCAGGUUAACAUUGGUUAACCCCAGUGGAAAUUCUGGCCCUUUUCCUACAAAAGCUUGUACACGUGCUUAUCUCGCACAGUGACCAGUGACCCACUGCCUGCAGUGGGAGUUCCAGGCAUGUGUUUGUAGAGGUGGGGUCCACACCUGUAUAUUUAAUCAAACACACCUUGAUUCAUGAUACUGAACUGUAUUCAGCUGAACAUGGAGGGCUGGAUGCAGAGAAUUGGUUUCUAAAUUAAAGGACACUGAUGCAUUAUUUUUUUCUUUAAAAUGUUUCAAGUGGAUGAUAUAAAAAGGCCUUUCAGACAGCCCUUUGUAGCACCAGUGGAACUGUAUGAUAGAGCAACAGGAAGGAAAACUCAUCAGUGCACACAUAGCAUCAGAUUGAGAGGAAAAUGUUCUUUUCCAUCUGACAACAUACUUGCCAUGUUAGUUGGAACUUGAAAAAGGAUGCUGGUUUGGCUGAGGGAGAAUAGAAGUGGAUCAUCCUGUUGAGCCAUUUGCUCUCAGAUGGGAUGGAGGGGAAACAAGCAUCAAUACUUGGGAAUAAGGGUGGUCUAAGGAAGGCAGGUUAAAUAUCUAGGACACUAAGAAACGUAACACCAUUUUUUGGUCUUUGUGUAUAAAAGAAACAAAAAUCUCCCCUAUUUGAAUAUAUACUAGCAAUACUCAACAACAGUUCUGCAAAGAAUUGUUGCCAAAGCUGAGAGCCAAGAAAGCACCUUUUAAAAUAAAAACUUUAUUCAACCUCAUGACAGAUGUCUCUUUUUAAAAUUUCCAUAUGACUGAGCUAUGCAUCUGAUAUAUUUGUACUGUCUGCAGAUAAAACUAUAAUGUACUGUACAUGAAUGUAAUUGGACUAAGAAUAAAACGAUGUAACCAUGCACUGCAUAAGAUUUAUUAAACUAGUUAAGUUAUA